UUUUUUUUUUUUACUUUUUUUUCUAUCUCGCGGUACUCUUGCUUCUUUUUACAUAUAUAUAUAUAUAUAUAGACAUAUUACUACACUGUUAGAGUGUUUAAUUAUCUCCUUCCGUUCUCUCUUUAUUUUAUACACGUACAUAUUUAACUUCGAUGGAACCUCAUACGAAACGAAUUAAACUUUCUUUAGAGCCUUCCAUUGAAAAAGUGGCUACUGACAUUACUGACACUGGACACGAAGUAUACAAAACUGAAUUGUCUUUACCUGAACAGCUUAUGCAGAAUGUUGAUCGAAUUUGGUACGAACGAGGUGAUUGGAAAGAUAUUACUGAAGAACAACUGAAACAGAAAAUAGCCACUUCUGAAGAGAACAAAGAUAUCGCAACAACAGCAACAAUUACAACAAAAGAUAAUGUACAAAAUGUAGACAAUGCAGAUCAGGCUCAACAACAAGAACUCGUCAAAGAUGCUACUACAGAGGAAGAAACACCAAACGUUGAUCUAGGGAAACUUCGGGAAUCAGUCAUAUCGAAACUAUAUUUUGCAAAAUGUGAAAUAGAUGUUGCACUAGACGUUAUCAAUAUACUGGCAACCGAAAAUAAACCAAACACAAGUGGGCAUGGUGGUAUACCUGGUAUUAUAGGGGGUACUGGUCAAGGUGGUGGCUUGAACUCAAUGAUCAGCGGUGGUCUCGUUGAAAGCAGUAGUGGCAUCGGUGGAAACAACAAUUUAGUAUUACCUCCUGGAACUUUACACGCAACCUACGUGUCAAAACCAAAACCAACGGAAAAAGCACGACUGGAACAAGCACAACUUACUCUUGGGCUUAAAAGAACACAACAAAAAACGGCGGCUGACUAUUUGAAGAAAAGUGCGGCAUCUUUGAAAAAACUUGUGGAUCAAGAACAAGGUUUUUGGGAAGAAGCUGUACGUGUCCGAUCAAAUCAUUGGCUAAUGCAAGCUUCACAGAAUCCAUCUACUGGAGAAUCUGGAUUCUUGAUACGUUACGGUUUCACUGAUGUUGGAUCUGGAUUUGGUGAAGUGUCAUUUGGCGAAAUGUUACGAUCAGAUCAAGCAAAUAUUACUAAUGGAAAGCAACAUGUACAACUAUCUCUGCCGCAUAACAUACCAAAACAGGUCAAGGUAACCAUCAAACAGAAUCAAAUGUGUCAAUUAGGUUCAUGGGCAAGAAAAAUACCACAAAAUAUUCUUGGUCUUGGAGAAUUCGACAAUCAACAACAUGAAGAAUCAGAGAGCGAAUAUCAACGAUCAUCAACAUGCAAAACUCAAGACAACGAUAUCCAACAACGAUUAAUCAAUGCCCAAUCUACUGUCUUUGAUGCUGAACUUUUCUCAAGGAUCUUAUCAGAAGCCCAAGUCUUCCCAUACAUACAGUGUGAAGAAGAUUGUGUGAUAGUAACAUUGGAUGGACAAGUAGAUAUAUUGAUUCAAAAACUCCAAUAUCUUCAGUCGGAUGUACAACAGCAUGAUGAUAAAUCGACAACAACACCACGACAUCUUGUUGGUCAAACCAUAGAAUUGGCUCUUCGGCUAUUACUCAACCAACGUCAUCGAUUCAAUAUGUGGAAAUCAAGGACACGAUUGAUGUCAACCCAACCGAAAACACAACAACUGCUUAAUUCAAUUGGAGACACAACGUCAUUACCUGGAUCAGUGGUGGGUACACCAGGAAGUACAAGUGUCAUUGGUUCAGGAUCAAAUAUUACGACCAGUAGUAGUACGACUUCCGGCGUUAGUAGUGGAGGUACAAAUACUCCUAUUAUCAAUCAUCGAACACUCAGCAGUAAUUCAGGUGCAACAUCGACCUCUUCUGCAUCAUCCAUGCCUAGGCAGCUCAGUGGCAGUGCAUCACAUUCUUAUCAUGGCACAAAAGAACCAGCAUUAGAAGUCCCUAUUUUGGCACCUGUAUUAUCAAUGACAAAAUUCUGGAUUCUCUUUGACCGUGUUCGUGAUGUGGUGAAUACUAUUGUGGAUCCUCUUUGUGGUGAAUCCGGCAUUGGUCUGGCCUUACAUUUCAAAUCUCAACAUACUUUCAAUAAUACUCCUCAUGAUUAUUGUGAUGCUUAUCCUAGUUUUGAAGAACUUACCACAAGUCUUGCCAUCAAUAUAUUCAAAGGGCCAUCAUUACGGUUUGCGCUAAACCAGUCUGGAACAAUUACAGCAACACUCCCUGGAGACACAGUCAUUUUAUCCAACGUGACAGAAUUCGAAUCGUUUUUGAUGCGCGAAAUCAACCUUAUCUGUUUGCAUUUGGUGUGUGAUAUUGCGAAUGACUUGGUUCGACGAACUCCGGUAUACAAGAAUGCAAAGGGAAAUGAAAGUAGUUCUUUUAUUUGGCAAGUAGAUGAAGUAGAGGAAAUAUUAUAUGGUGCAAUCAAAACAACAAAGUUAAAUGAAGAUAUCAAAACAAUUCAAGAUCAUCAAUGGAAAAAUAUUACAACUUAAUAGAAUCACUCUCAACGACGAAAGGCCAGCUUAUGUGCUACAAUUCAAGGAAACUAGAGAUUCGGUAAUAUCCACAUCAAGAAUUGACAGUGAACAAAGACAUCAUCAUUCCACCAUCCACUAUUUAAUACUAUCUCGACAAUAUGAUGACGAUAUGAAGGGUAUCAGGGAUGGCAUUAGUUUUAAAGACAAGGUGACGGCUACGAUCAAACAAUUAUUAGAAUAGUCCAUUUACAGUAGAUGAUCAUUCUUUUGUCAAUAAACUUUUCCUUUUAUAUAUCAUACAACAA